GUUCAUGUGGGUGAUGCCGCUGAUGCAGCUGGAGGUAGAUGAAAGGUUGGAGCUCCGGUUUUUGGGCCCGGGCUUUGGCGCUUCGCCACGUGGCGGAUGGCCCGAUGGCAUCACCUUGAGGAUCGCGCUCCUGGAUGCCCAGCCUGGCUUGCGGGCACAGGCUACCUUGGCGUGUUGGCGGAACCAGGCCAGUCAUCAAUCCUCGCACGGCAGGCAUGGUCAGAUGACUUUGCUUCUGUGCUGA